AUGGUUCUGCACCAGUACGACUACCUUCUGGCGGUCGGCACCAUCUUCGCCUUCCUAGAUGCCUGGAACAUUGGUGCCAACGAUGUCGCCAACUCGUGGGCCAGUUCCGUCUCGUCCCGCUCCAUCAGCUACCUACAGGCCAUGUGCGGCGCGUCGCUCAUGGAGUUUUCCGGAGCCCUCGGUGUAGGUGGCCGUGUCGCCGAUACCAUCCGAACCAAGGUCGUCGACGUCAAGGCCUUUUCCGCCCAGCCGGCUCUUCUCAUGCUCGGCAUGGUCUGCGCCGUCACCGCCUCCUCCCUCUACCUCACCAUGGCGACCAAGUUUGGUAUGCCUGUCUCGACUACGCACUCGAUCCUCGGUGGUGUUCUCGGCAUGGGCAUAGGUGCUCUGGGUAACAAGGGCAUCACUUGGGUUGGCUACCACAAGGACGGCUCCCUUGAUCUGAAGCAGGGUGUCGUCCAGGUCUUCCUUGCCUGGAUCAUUGCCCCUAUCCUGUCUGGUAGUUUCGGUGCCAUGAUCUUCCUCCUCACCAAGUACGGCGUUUUGCUUCGCGCCAACCCUGCCGCCAAGGGUCUCUUCCUCGUGCCCAUCUACUUCUGGCUUACCUCGUCCCUCAUUGUCAUGCUGUUGAUCUGGAAGGGUGGUGACUACAACGUCGCCCUGACGGAGGCUCAGAUUCCCGGUGUCAUCGUCGGUGUCGGCGCCGGCUUCGCUCUUCUCAUCACCAUCUUCCUCGUUCCCUGGAUGUACCGCGUCGUCAUCAAGGAGGACUGGCAGCUCAAGACGUGGCACAUCCUCCAGGGCCCCCUCCUGCUCCGCCGCGGCGAGGUGCCCCCUCCUCCCGAGAACUUUACCGGCAUCGUCCGCAACUACUACGAGGGCCACAUGACGCGCGAGGAGCUCGACGCUCGCCGCAACCGCAACGCUGCCGUUGUCACCGGCGAUGUGGAGGGCCAGCAUGAGGCUGAAGGCCAGCAGGAAAAGACGGCCGUCUCAGACGUCUCCACGGAAGAGGUCCCCAAGUCCAGCCACAAGUCCCUCAUCGGCCCCAAGCCCGACGGAGCGUGGUACACUCCCGCCGUCGCCUUCUGGUGGCUCAAGUGGGCUGUCCUCCGCGGUGUCGACCAGGACAUUGUCGGCUCCCAGAGCGAAAAGUCGGUCAUUGCUGGCGAUGUCGAGGAGAUUCACGCCCACGCCCGCCACUUUGACAACAAGGCCGAGUUCCUCUACACCUUCCUCCAGAUCAUGACUGCCGCCGCCGCCUCCUUCACCCACGGCGCCAACGAUGUUGCCAACGCCGUGGGCCCCUACGCGUCCAUCUACCAGAUCUGGAAGACCGAGGUGGUUCCCCUCAAGGCCGACGUUCCCCGCUGGAUCCUCGCCUUUGGCGGUGCCGGUAUCUGCAUCGGUCUGUGGACGUACGGCUACCACAUCAUGCGCAAUCUGGGUAACCGCGUCACUCUCAUGUCGCCGUCGCGUGGUUUCUCCAUGGAGCUCGGUUCCGUCAUCACCGUCAUCAUGGCCACCCGUCUCGAGCUGCCCGUCUCGACUACUCAGUGCAUCACCGGCGCCAUUGUCGGCGUCGGUCUCUGCAACGGCGACUGGCGCGCCAUCAACUGGCGCAUGGUUUCAUGGAUCUACCUUGGUUGGUUCAUCACUGUGCCGGUUACCGGUGUCUUUUCUGGUGUCCUCAUGGGCUUCAUCACCUUUUCUCCUCACUGGUAA